AUGAUGAACUCGGAUUUUCAGCUGGAUUUGGAUUUUGAUGUGGAUUAUAUUAAUGAUAUGGAUCUUCAAUUCGAUGCUCCACUUCCACUCUUUAAAGGAGUCGAUCCAGCGCUUUCUGGACUUGUACCGACUGAAGACGAGUUUCCGAUCGAUUUCAUGGGACUCGGAAAUGGAGAAGACGAUUUUUGCAACAAUCUCAUCAAUGUGAUGGAACAAGAGCAAUUGGAUGACGAGCACAGCUAUGCUGCAUCGGCUUUCUCGCCAGGUGGCUCAGAUCGUGGCAGCUCGUCGCUGGGAAGUGCUUGUGCUAGCUCGCCCUCCUCUGAAUCUUCAGCCUCCUACAACCUCGAGUACUUGCAAAUGAAUGGAAACGAUUCAUUUAUCUAUGAUGCUCCUCAAACAACCACAAAUACAUUUUAUCAAUCACAACCGAUUCAGAGAAGGAACUCGAAUGUUGGAAACGCUCGCGUGCAGAAACAAACCGGCGCCCAAGCAGCACAGAUGGUUAGAUACAAACCACUCGUUCGAGGCACCGCCGCCAACAAUUUGGUCACCGCGUCCACCACUCCAGCUAAACUCACGCCAGCUGUCGGCGAGCGCACUCGCAAAUACCCGCCGCUCGUGUUGACCGAUGAGGAGAAGCGACUUUGCAAAAAGGAGGGCAUCGUCCUCCCCGAGCAUUAUCCCCUCACCAAAGCUGAAGAGCGCGACUUAAAACGCAUUCGCCGAAAGAUUCGCAACAAGCGCAGUGCCCAAACGAGUCGCAAAAGGAAACAGGACUACAUCGAGCAAUUGGAGGAUCGAGUCAACGAUUGCACUCAGGAGAACAAUGACCUUAAACAAGAGGUUGAACGCCUUCGUCACGAGAAUCUCUACGUGCGCACACAGUUGCGCAAAUUGCAAGCCGCUUUCGCCGCCUCCACAAAACGAUCCACUCAAGCGGGCACCUGCCUUGCUGUCCUCGUUUUGUCGCUUUGCCUACUUGUGGCACCAAACUUGAACCCAUUCCUGAAGCACCUGCAAAACAACAGCGAAAGCGAGGCCGCUGCUCGAGCUGCCGCUGGACAACCAGCGAAAGCUCACGAGGGAUCGAAUCCAGUAGCUGCCCGAAGUGGGGUACCACAACGAUCCGCGAUUCCGCUACCGGGUCGCUCGCGAACACUGAUGGAUCAUAUGCCGAAAUGCGAGGGAGCAGCGAUUGAAAUGGAGGAGGCCCCGGUGAGGGGACAACGCACUCAGAAUCAAUGGCAAUCACCAACUUUUGAUCAGAACAAAUCCCUGAACAAAGUGCAACCGGCGAAGACUCCGCCGUCGCGUUUCCACGAGCAAAAUCACGCGAAAUCGAUGCACGUCAAGCAAGAGAUCAUCUCACCCGAGAGCAUCAACUUAUUCGAUGACAUGUCCAAGGGAACCUAUAUCUACGAGUUAGAGCAAACGCACUACGUUGACGAGACGGUUCCAUACGUGCAAAGUGGAGGGAAAUUGGUGAAUCGUACGAAUAAAAUGUUGUAUGCAAAUGUGGAAACAAAUGGAAACACUGGUGAACCGCCAGCAAAAAAACGCCUCUCCGUGCAUCCAUAU